UUUCAAACGGGGCAGACAGGCAGAGAGACAGUGAGUCGGACGGCCUGAGUGACGGCGGGGAAUCGAGCUCUGGGCAAACCGCUGCACCGCACACUCCAAACAAGAACUGUUGUCUUUGGAGGAAAAAAAGAGUGAAGACAGAGAAGGGCCGAGUCAUUGUGGAUCACUUUCAGGGGGAAUAUCCUGCACCACUUGUUUGUUUUCUCCUUCUUUCUCUCCCUCCUCUCACAUCUCCAUGCUUUGCUUUGGGAUUUGUGCUCCAAAUCCGUCCAGCUCCUCUCUUGAUCUCUCUCUCCGUCAUCUGAAACAGUUCGAGCCGCUAAUCUUUUCCAGAACUUUACAGCCCAACAAACUGACACAGACGUUUGCAGAGUUUCACUCGGACUAAAAUCCAAGCCCGGUUCUGGAAUGAAUUUAGCCGAGCCCAGUUUGUCCAGAGAGACUCUCCUGCAUGCGAACCAGAUGUCUCUCGGUGGCCCUUGGGCAUCCAGGACCCCGAGCCCUGGGUCAGACUCUGAGAUGGGUUACGAGCAGAGCCUCUCGGGGGACUGCAGCUCUCCAGAAGGCCUGGGAUCAGGGAGCAUGAGGAGGACGGAGCAGAGGAUUUCUCUCAGCCCAGGAGGACAGAGCCCAGAUAUGAACCAGGCGGGAGGUGUGCCGGCAGGCCCCGCUGAUGGGAAGGCCCUAGGGGGCGAGCAGAGGAUCCGCAGACCCAUGAACGCCUUCAUGGUCUGGGCUAAAGACGAGAGGAAGCGGCUGGCCCUGCAGAACCCUGACCUGCACAACGCCGUGCUCAGCAAGAUGCUCGGUCAGUCAUGGAAAGCCUUGAGUGCUUCUGACAAACGGCCGUUUGUGGAGGAAGCCGAGCGUCUCCGUGUCCAGCAUCUCCAGGAUCACCCAAACUACAAGUACAGGCCUCGCCGCAAGAAGACCACCAAGAAACUCAAACGGGUUGAGCCCGGACUUCUGCUCCACAGCUUAGCCCAAGGUGGAGCUCCAGGUCUGGGAUUAGGACCUGGCCUCAGCCCCUUGGGUGUAGAGAACAUCUCUGGUGGGUCUACUUAUGGACAUCCAGGUGCCCACCCUCCACAUCACCACCACUCCCACCACCUCCUGCCUUCCUUGGGACACUUCAGGGACCUCCAGGCCUCGGGACACCCAGAGCUAGAGAGCUAUGGCCUGCCCACUCCAGAGAUGUCCCCUCUGGAUAUUCUGGAGGAAGGAGCUGCUGGAGAGUCUGUGUUUUUCCCCCAGCAUGCACAAGAGGAGGCAGGGAUGGGAGGAUGGAGCGGGUACCACCAUCACCUUCACCAUCAUAACCAACAUUACAGCCACAGUUACAACAACCACAGCCACCACAGCUCCAUCCAUACUGCAGCAGCCUACAGCCAGAGCUCAGGGAUGAGUGUUGGUGCAAGUAUGAACUCCACUCUGAGUCCAGGCAGAAGCCCCAGAGUUGACUCUAGGAUGAGCUCCGUUGAGUCAAAUAUGAGCUCCAGGUUAAACUCUCCUCACUCCUCUGCUCACCACAUCGCCCUGAGGAGUCCUGUAAAGUGCCCUCCUCCUCUUUCUGACUCCUCUUCUCCCGUUCCCUACACCCAGCCCUCCAUGAGCCUCCCUGAGCCCAUAAAAACUCAACAAAUGCCAACCUCCUCUACUUCCGGCUAUUUCAGCCAAAUGUAUGGAAGCAGCAGCCAGAAUGCUUCGUACUACAUGCCCUCUCAGCUGGGGCAGCUUUCACCUCCUCCUGAAACGUCUCCUUCCUCCUGCUCAUCCUCCUCUGUUGCUCCAUCCACCUACCCUCCACCUUUGCACUUAGAGCCUUCAAAUGCAGACUCAUCCGGGCAUCUAGGGUCUUCCUCUGCUGAGUUCUGGUCUGAGGUUGACAGGCACGAGUUUGACCAGUAUGUAAAUGUUGGAAGGAACCGAGACGAGGCCUACGGACGCUGUGGGGGAGGGUCUAAACUCAUGGGUGGGCGCAGUAGUGUCGGUAACAUGAAUACCAGUGUUAACAGGGAUGUUAGUGGUAUUCUGAGCAGUGCUGGUGGUUUGGAAGAAGGUAGCAGCCCUCUUAUAUCUGCUCUUUCUGAUGCCAGCAGUGCUGUGUAUUACAGUGCCUGUAUCACUGGAUAGAUGCAUCAUCAUCUCAUUCUUUUACCUCCUUCUGUCAAAGGCUGAUGGAGCUGGCAGUUUGUUAUGAAGAAAGAGAGAGGGGUUGUCAGUCAAAUCAUCGCCAUGGCUGUUAAAUGUUUAAAGGCUGGCUACAUACCAGACCUAUUUUUACAUCUCACCUGUUUUAGAAAUGCAGGACUGUUUAACCCCUGUUAAACGCUGUAAUCCCCUAAAUGCACACACCAAACAAUUAGACCAGUCUGCAAGACCACAUACCUGCUGCCUGAGGUCUUGCAGUUGCAAUUUCAUAGACUUGAGAGCUCACAGAAGUGUGCACGAUCAAACGUGACUUCAGAAGUAAAAUAAAUUUAGAGGACGACAAACAUCGUCAUCCUGCUGUCCUGGCGACUCACAGGAGACAAUAUGAAGGCCCCUGUGUCUGCAAGUCAUGAAGUGACAGUUCCUGGUCCGCUUGCUCUCCAGGGCCGGAGCCAGACGGCUAAGCCCAAACAAAAGAUGGCUGAGUGGGCACUUCCCUAGAAUUUUUUUGCAUCUCAGACAGUUUAAUGCUCUAUUUGUGUGCACUUUUAAAUAAAAAUUUGAAUUCAAAAUGCCAACAAAUCUAUGCAAUAUUCAGGCAAAAAUAAUGUUGCUUAACCUAAAAAAAAAAAAACAAUUUGAUAACAUCAUUUUUUGUUGCCUAACUGAGACAAAAGUGCCAUUAUCAGUCUAAAAAUCAUGAUACACCAUCCUGGAGUCUAAUAAUUUUCACUUCUGCCUCCUAAAAAUGUCUGAAGGUUAUAUUUUCAGUAACAUUGUAUUGGUAGGGUAGGACAUUGGUGAAAAGAUUUACAACUGAAGCUCUGCACUUUCAAACAAAGCCCAUAAAAAGCAACAAUUAAGGUGAAAAUCUUUUUAUUUGGAAAAAUGUUAAAACUAUUUUUCCACUGCAGUGAGGUUGUAGAUAUGAAAGAGUAUCAGGGCCAUUAAAAAAUUGGCAUGCUUUUCUUAAUUCUGAGAAAAAGUUAAAAUUCUGUCACUUUUCUUAGAAUAAAAAAAAAUGCAUAUCAAAUGUUUUUGUUAAACGUCCCUAAUCCUCCUCUGUACAUACGUUCUUGAAAGUAAAAAAAGAACCAUCAGAUUUUUAAAUUAGUUAAAAAUGACAUUUCCAUGCUGUGAUCAGUAAAGCCAUACGCUGCAUACUUACAACCACCUGAAAGAUUCGGGGCUUUUAAGAAAACAUUCAGGCUGAAGCCCCACCCUCUUGCUCCACCCAUGUUGCUCUCAUUGGCUACUGCAGGUUUUCUAUCUGAGGUAGCCCAAUAUUGUAACAGCCCUAUAUCUGUCCAUUAACCAUUUCACCGCCAAAGUCACAAACAAGCAACACUGCUGUAUCUAGCUGCAAAUGUGGUGCCUAAUGUUGUUACCACGUUACACCAGGAGAUGGCAGACAUGAGUAACUUCAAUCCCAGCAGCAUUUGUGGGUGUGUUUCUGUUCAAAGUUUUGGAGUUUAUAAAGUUUGAAAGAUGUACGCUCAGUCGAGGAGACGAGUCGGAGCGUAACAGAGAGAAAGACAGCGAACUGUAGUUUUUUUAUUUAACCUUUACUUAGCCAGGUAAGUCCCACUGAGAUCAAAGAUCACUUUUUCAACGGAGACCUGACCAAAUACUCCCAAUGCUGGGAGGAAUAGAGGAGUAUUCACCCUCUGACAUGACUUCCAGUCAUCCGGUGAGACCAUGGGUGAGACUGUCAGUGCAUCUGUUGGCACCAGCAGGCAAUGCUUCUGCCAUGACAGUCCACACAUAGUGAAGCCAACGCUUUGCCUCACCCCCUCCCGGGAGGGAGUAAUCGGCGAAUGCCUUGAUGGGGGGCACAUGGGGAUGUGGUGGGAGUAUCUUGGGGGGUUCAAAACACCGUGAAUAAUGACGGAGAUCGAAAUGACAAACACUGUGGUGGUAGAGAUGUGGAGGAAGCCUAGAGUAGAAACCAUGGUAGAAAACACACAGCCAAUGGUGGAUGAGUCUGCCUGGUGAUGUCAGAAUAUGCAAAUGAGAUGAGUGAAUUUACUCCCAUCACAAAGUUUGGGUCAUACUGAAGAUUUUUCUCAUUUAUAGUAUGACUUUAUCUCUAACCACUUUCAAGCUAAAGCCUUCUGAAAUCUUGAUAUCAAAAUUUAAUAUUUUCUUGAAAAAACUCUUAAACCACCUAAAGGGGUAAGACUGUGAAGGUCCCAAUUUGGAGUCAGUGAUCCCCCUUAGGGAGCGCCAAAGAGCUCUGGAGAGCUUUCAUGUAGAAACUAAAGUCAUUACAUCUUUUUUUUUUUUCCACAGGUGUUUCAGUAAGAAAAAUGCAUCGAUUAAGUUUCUUAGGAUUUUAUCAUUAAAAUCAAUAAACUGAACAUAGAUGUGUGAAAACAGAGAGGGGUGUUUCUGGUGUCUGAAAAUGAUUUUACAAGCAUCCAUGGUGACAGGUCAGCCUCUUCUUCUUUCUCCUCCUCUGAGGGUUUGUGAGCCAGCUACAUGCAUAGCGCCACCUGCUGCAUCAGACUGACUCAUACACAGGUGGGCCUGGGCACCGAUCGAUUCUGUUAAUAUGAGGGCAGAGGGAGAGAGGGAGCAAUAGAGCAGUAGUAGUGUGAAAGCAGCUUAACCCUCCUCGGGCAUUUUUGGCCAUUUUUCUCAACUUCUUUUUUUUUAAAUUUGUGAUCAUUUUGUCAGUUUUACAGCUUGUGGCAUGAACUUUUACAGGAACUUUUCUUUCUAGUUAAAUUUUGGAAAUCCAACAUGUUUUCCUCUUAAAUGUCAUUCAGACUCUCUCAGUGAAUUUACUACCCUCUGGACACCUUCGAGGCAAAAAUGUACGCGCACAAAAAACCGCUAUAAAAUCAACAUACUUCAAUAUUUUUUUCUACUUUUUUUCCAUAAAUCUCUUCAACAACUUCAGA